UGACGGGUAGUGUAAAAAGGAAAAAUGGAAAACACACAAUUCAUUCUUCAGUAGCAGCCGCUCAAUGUUGAAUCUUCUCAUUUCUCCUUCAAUUUUUUUUCAUUCGCCAUGCUCGUUCUAGGGUUUCAGAACUUCUAAGGUGUUAUCCAUGUAUUAUGAUUGUUGUUGAGGUUUGGAUUAAGUGAAGAGAUUAUCAAAGCUUUCGAAGAGUUCAUCUAUUCAGAAUUUAAGUCACGGUAAUGGCGUGGUUUAGAGCUAGCUCAAGUGUGGCAAAGCUUGCUAUUAGAAGGGCUCUAUCACAGGGUGGUUCUUACAUCCCAAGAACUCGCAUACUUCCAUCACAAGGUCGAUAUUUUCAUACCACAGUUGUCAGGCCAAAGGCACAAGCUGCUCCUGUCCCAAGACCAGUGCCACUUUCCAAGUUGACUGACAGCUUCUUAGAUGGGACGAGCAGCGUCUACCUUGAGGAGCUCCAGCGAGCAUGGGAACAAGACCCAAACAGUGUUGAUGAGUCGUGGGAUAAUUUCUUCAGGAAUUUUGUUGGACAAGCUGCCACGUCUCCCGGGAUUUCAGGCCAGACGAUUCAAGAGAGUAUGCGUCUUCUGUUGCUCGUGAGAGCUUAUCAGGUUAAUGGUCAUAUGAAAGCAAAACUUGAUCCAUUAGAUUUGGAAGCGAGGGAAAUACCUGAUGAUUUGGAUCCAGCAUUAUAUGGGUUCACUGAAGCUGAUCUCGAUAGAGAGUUCUUCCUUGGUGUUUGGAAGAUGUCUGGAUUCUUGUCUGAGAAUCGUCCUGUGCAAACUUUGAAGGCAAUAUUAACACGACUUGAGCAGGCUUAUUGUGGAAGCAUUGGGUAUGAGUACAUGCAUAUUUCUGAUCGUGAUAAAUGCAAUUGGUUGAGAGAGCGGAUUGAAACCCCAACAUCUAUGGAGUACAAUCGUGAGCGACGGGAAGUUAUUCUUGACCGACUGAUGUGGAGUACUCAGUUUGAGAACUUCUUGGCUACCAAGUGGGCGGCAGCCAAGAGAUUUGGCCUUGAAGGUUGUGAAACCUUGAUUCCUGGCAUGAAGGAGAUGUUUGACAGGGCAGCAGAUCUUGGAGUUGAGAGCAUAGUUAUUGGGAUGCCACAUAGAGGAAGAUUAAAUGUUUUGGGUAACGUUGUUCGAAAGCCACUAAAGCAGAUCUUCAGCGAGUUUAGCGGUGGUAUAAAACCUGGGGAUGAUGCUGGUUAUGUCGGAACUGGUGAUGUCAAGUAUCACUUGGGAACUUCUUAUGAUCGGCCUACUAGGGGUGGGAAAAGAAUUCAUCUAUCUUUGGUUGCAAAUCCAAGUCACUUGGAAGCUGUGGAUCCAGUUGUUAUUGGAAAAACUAGAGCAAAGCAAUAUUAUACGAAUGACGAGAAUAGAACAAAGAGCAUGGGUAUUUUGCUCCAUGGUGAUGGUAGCUUUGCAGGCCAAGGUGUUGUCUAUGAGACAUUGCAUCUGAGUGCUCUUCCGAAUUACACAACCGGAGGGACCAUUCACAUUGUGGUGAAUAAUCAAGUGGCGUUCACUACUGAUCCAACGGCUGGAAGAUCAUCUCAGUACUGUACUGACGUUGCAAAGGCUUUGGAUAUUCCAAUUUUCCAUGUCAAUGGUGAUGAUGUUGAGGCUGUUGCUCAUGUGUGUGAACUUGCUGCAGAAUGGCGCCAGAAAUUCCAUGCUGAUGUUGUGGUUGAUAUUGUCUGUUAUCGUCGAUUUGGACACAAUGAAAUUGAUGAACCAUCCUUCACCCAGCCUAAAAUGUACAAGAUCAUCAGAAAUCAUCCUUCUUCAUUGGAGAUCUAUCAAAACAAACUCCUAAAUUCCGGUCAGGUGGCAAAAGAUGAUGUGGAAAAGAUACAUAAUAAGAUCAAUAGAAUCCUUAAUGAAGAGUUCAUUGCUAGUAAAGACUAUGUGCCUCAAAAAAGAGACUGGCUUUCUGCUUUUUGGUCUGGUUUUAAGUCUCCUUCACAGCUUUCACGUGUUCGAAACACCGGUGUCAAACCUGAGAUUUUGACGAAUGUCGGGAAAGCAAUCACUACGUUUCCAGAUGGUUUUAAGCCUCACAGAGCAUUAAAAAGGGUUUUUGAUGACCGUCGAAAGAUGAUUGAGACAGGGGAGGGUGUCGACUGGGCUGUUGGAGAAGCACUUGCUUUUGCAACAUUGCUUGUGGAAGGUAAUCAUGUUAGGUUGAGUGGUCAGGAUGUUGAGAGAGGUACUUUCAGUCACAGACAUUCUGUUAUUCAUGAUCAGGAGACAGGGGCACAGUACUGUCCUCUUGAUCAUGUUAUGAUGAACCAAAAUGAAGAGAUGUUCACUGUGAGCAACAGCUCCCUUUCAGAGUUUGGUGUUUUGGGAUUUGAAUUGGGUUAUUCAAUGGAAAAUCCAAAUUCGUUGGUAAUUUGGGAAGCUCAAUUUGGUGAUUUUGCUAAUGGAGCUCAAGUAAUAUUUGACCAGUUUGUGAGCAGUGGAGAAGCGAAAUGGUUGCGCCAGACUGGAUUGGUUGUGCUUUUGCCACAUGGUUAUGAUGGUCAGGGCCCUGAGCAUUCAAGUGGACGUUUGGAACGUUUCCUCCAGAUGAGUGAUGACAACCCAUUUGUUAUCCCGGAGAUGGAACCUACACUACGGAAGCAGAUUCAGGAAUGUAAUUGGCAGGUGGUGAAUGUAACAACUCCAGCAAAUUAUUUCCAUGUUUUGCGGCGUCAAAUUCACAGAGAUUUCCGUAAGCCUCUCAUUGUGAUGGCCCCAAAGAACUUGCUUCGUCACAAGAGCUGCAAGUCAAAUCUAUCCGAGUUCGACGAUGUCCAAGGUCAUCCAGGUUUUGACAAACAAGGUACCAGGUUCAAGCGUCUGAUAAAAGAUCAGAAGGAGCACUCGGAUCUUGAAGAGGGUAUCAGACGGCUGGUCCUUUGCUCAGGAAAGGUCUAUUAUGAGCUUGACGAAGAAAGAGCUAAAGCUGAUGGGAAAGACAUUGCUAUCUGUCGGGUGGAACAACUUUGUCCUUUCCCAUAUGACCUUAUCCAGCGUGAAUUGAAGCGAUAUCCAAAUGCAGAGAUAGUUUGGUGCCAAGAAGAGCCAAUGAACAUGGGCGCAUUCAAUUACAUUGCACCACGCCUUUCUACUGCCAUGAAAUCACUAGGCAGAGGUAACAUGGAUGAUAUCAAGUAUGUUGGUCGUGCUCCUUCUGCUGCCACAGCCACUGGUUUCUUCCAGGUUCACGUGAAAGAACAGACCGAGCUUGUCCAGAAAGCGCUGCAACAGGAUCCAAUUAAUCAAUUCUGAAGCUUGAACCGUUGAUGUACCCAUAGCACUGGCCUCCAAAAAUGACGCGACGAUAGAAAUGUUAAGCUAUUCUCUGUGCCUGGUAUAGCCAGUGUGAGUUUUAAUUUGCUUUUUGGAAAAAUAAGGCCUUUUUGUUUGUGCUAGUUUUCAGUCAGUUACACAGUUUAAACUGAUGCUUUCAUACGUAUACAUAUUUCAGUUGGUUACAAUUUUGAUCAACAAUACAACUCACUCAGACUUAUCCUUGUUA